AUGAAGUUCUUCUACAUGGCCACUGUUCUUGCCUCCGCCGCCCUGGCCGUCCCUCAGGGUGUGCAGCGCACGCGUGAAGAGCACGUCAGGCACCAGGGAGAUGAUAUCAAGAAGGCCCUCAGGAGACAGGACACGGCCCAGUGUAAUGCUAUGCCACAGGAGUGCAUGUCCAGCAUCAACAACGUUUUCAAUGGGUUUAUGGAGGCCAUGGCUUCCGGGAAUCUCAUUGCGGCGUCGGGCGUUGCAGCAGGUUUCCAAGCCGAGGUGAAUAGCAACGGCUGCAUGCCGAAGCUUUCUGCGUGUGCCAGCAACAUGCCCAACAUUCAGCCGAGCAGUCCCCCCAGUGCCGCGCCGAGUGUCGUGCCGAGUGCUGUUCCCAGUGCUGUGCCGAGCGCUGUGCCGAGUGCUGUGCCGAGUGCUGUUCCCAGUGCUGUACCGAGCGCUGUACCGAGCGCUGUACCGAGUGCUGCGCCCAGUGUCGUGCCCAGCGUGGCUCCUGGUGGUGUUGGUCGUGGUGUUUCAUGGUAA